AAAGUAGCAGAACCAGAGCAAAGUCUCAAUCCACUGUGACCUACUGCUGAAGAAGGAAGUCGAAAAUGAAAGCAUCAAAGGACAAUAGGCCACAGCCCCCACCGUACAGCGCAGUACCGCCUGGCAACACCACGGCACCGUAUCCAGUACAGCCCGGAGUGCCAAGUGGAUAUCCUGCUCCACCUGGACAUCCUGCUCCACCUGGACAUCCACACAGCGGGGUACCAGUUAGCAAUGUUAUUGGAGGGUAUCCACCACAUGCUGCCGGGAUGGUUAUUAUGCCACCACUGACCGUGGGAGCCGAGUCGUGUACCGUCGUCUGUCCUUCGUGUCACAAAACCGUCCAGACAGACAUCAAGGUCGUGUCAACCACCAAGACACAUAUGUUCGCCUUCUUACUAGCCAUCUUUGGGUGCUGUUUGUGCUGCUGCAUCCCGUACUGUGUAGACAGCCUGAGAGCGAAGCACCACUACUGUCCGGAGUGUAAAGCUUUUAUUGCAGCUUACGACAGAUGAAUCCCGUUUUCCAACCCUUUGUUUAUGAUGGAUGAUCUGAUGACUCAUGACUUCUGGCAGAACGCCACACAUGAGAGUACCAUUGAAAAACACUCUGGCUGUGUGAUAUUGUGAACUAUGAAGCACUGAUUCAUUUUAAAACACACCAAAGAUACGAAGUGGUGAAAGCAGAAUCUUAGUGGAGUUCCGUAUGAUGCUUUUCCAGUUACUCUAGUACAUGUUCUGCGUUAUUACGCUAAACAUAAGUAACUGAUAGAAAGUUCAGUUCGAUACACCAAUGUUUGUGUCUUUUUACGUACACAUCUAUUAACUGGUGAGAGAUUGCUGAUAUAUUUUGGCCACUUCAUAGCCUCCAUUAUGCAACACAGGACAAUCACCAUGAUUUCCAGGCUUCAUACGCACCACAAUCUCAAACUUCUUAUUUUGUGCAACACGCAAACAGACUCUGUGCUGUUUUUACAGGUCAUGACAAAAGAGAUAAAACCAUGUUACCGAACUGAAUCAAUUUCCUGUUAAUUUCUUAAACGUUUUGUAGCUUUUGUAAACAGUUGUUUACUCCGAUACAUUUUUGGAAAUAACUAUUAAAGAUUUUUUUAUACAGUGACAUUACUCGUGUACAAUUCAGUGUAGUUGAUUGUAAUACAGAACCAACGAAAGAUAUCCGUUACCAGCUAUUCUGAAUGGUACGGGCGAAAACCUGAUCAUCAACUGUAGUUCCCUAUAGUUGUUGAUGAGACUGUGGUGUUAUUAACUUUAUACAGUUCUUACUCUUAUACCAGCAUACAUGAAACUGAACUGGCUGCCGACAUCAGAAAACGCCUACCAUCUUGUGGACAGUAAAUCAGACAGCGAGUCCUCAAGGAACGUCUUUCAGCAACUCCCUGCAGAAGACCGCCUCGUGGAAGACUUCAUAUCCAAAGGAGACUCCAGUCACUGGAAAAUAACUUCAUGUCAAAUCGUGUUCUUCGUAUGUGCUUAACUGAAUACUGUAUGUUUGUUUUGUAAGCUUCAGUUUGCAAAUCGUAUUUUUUAAUAAAACGUACGAAAAUACUCAGAGUGAUUACACA